CCAUCCCUCCCUAUACACAAUUCUCACAUCGAAUCGUAUAGAUCUAUUUAUGACAUUAUUAAAGCUCCUUUAUUCCAAUGAACGGAAGAGAUACCUGCACAUAGUGGUACCUUGGAUGAGAGAGGCUCUUUUCUUCUGAGCAUCUGCAAGUGACUGCAUUUUGUAGAGGGAGAAGAAUGUUUAAGUCAUGGAAAAGCGACAAGAGCAAGAUCAAAGCUGUGUUCAGACUGCAGUUUCAGGCAACUCAGGUGCCCAAGUUGAAGAAGCCCACCUUAACAGUAUCUCUGAUGCCGGACAAUGCGGGAAAGCCGACAGUGAAACUCGAGAAAGCCGUGGUUCAGGACGGGACUUGUGCCUGGGAGCAUCCUGUUUAUGAAACUGUGAAGCUCAUUAGGGAGUCAAAGACGGGGAAAAUCCAUGAGAAGAUUUACCACUUCAUCGUGUCAGCAGGGUCGUCGAAAUCAGGAUUUCUCGGGGAAGCCUCGAUUGACUUUGCAGAUUUUGCCGAGGAAACUAAACCUGUGACUCUCUCUCUGCCCCUGAAGUUUGCAAAUUCUGGUGCAAUUUUACAUGUCACAAUUCAGAAUAUGCAGGGUGCUGAUCAAAGAGAACUGGAAGAAUAUGGAGAUCCAAUUUCCACCAAUGACAAAUCCCUGAUGAAUCAACUGAGCAAUUGCAGCACAGAUGAUAAUAGCCAGCAUAACUAUCUUGAUGAUGAGCAGUUUGAUGAGAGCUUUCAACAAGAUUUGGAACGAAGCCUUGGACCAUGGAAUGGUCAAGGAGAAGUUGAAGCAGUUCCCAAGCAAAAUUCAGGGCCUCCAAGGAGAUCAUUUGGCACAAUGCUGACAAAGAACAACACGCAUAGAAGAUCACAGACCGAGUGGUCAUUGGGUUCAGCUUCUGAUGGGAGUUUUGGAGACUCAAUGAACAAUGGUGAUGCACAUGUCCCCAGAGAGAGGUUGCGGGAAUCUCCAAAUAAUUAUAUCGAGAAACUGAAGAAUGAAAUAGAUACUUUGACGAAGCAGUCGACGCUCUCCGAACUGGAACUUCAAUCUCUCAGGAAACAGGUUGUCAAGGAGACCAAAAGGGGUCAGAGUUUAUCAAUGGAAGUCAAUAGCCUUAAGGAGGAGAGAGAUAUGCUGAAGAAACAGUGCGAAGAACUUCAGUCUCCUACAUUAGAUUAUGAAAAGGCAGAAAAUUUGAGAGCACUACAGAUUGAGAAUGAGGAGACGAAGGCUCAACUAGAUGAAUUAAGAUACGAAUUCGAUCAUGAAAAAGAAUUGAAGGCGAACCUCCGGUUACAGCUGCAGAAAACACAAGAUUCAAACUCCGAGUUAAUUCUAGAACUCGCAGAUCUCGAGGAGGUGGUAAAGGAGAAAAAUAGAGAGAUAUCAAGCCUUUCCCUCAAGAUACAGAACUACAAGGAUCUUGAGGAGAUUGAGAAGAGAAAAUCCAAGUACAACAUGAAUGCUGAAGGAAAAGCCCGCUUGCAGCAAGAACUAUCUGAAGGGCAUGAUGGUGUUGAAGUCAGCAAGCUGAAGCAAAAGAUAGUCGAACUGUCUGAUGAGAUUGAGGUCUGCAAGAAACAGAAGGCAGAGCUAGAGACGCACUUGGAACAACUUACCCUUGACUGGGAGAUCUUAAAGCGAGAAAACGCUGAUAUCUCAACCAAACUGGAAGAAAUGAAUCUACAAGAAGAUCUAAAUGAGCAAAUGGAAUGCCCGAGAUGCAGAGGCAGCAUCAGAGAACGUGAGGCCCAAAUAGAGAAGUUAGAGGAAGUAGUCAAGAAGCAGGAAGAAGAACUCUCUGAAUCGUUGAUUUCCAUCAAUGAACUGGAAAUUCAGCUCAGGGGCCUCGAGAAAGAAAUGGAUCAGCAAGCUCGUGAAUUUGAACAAGAGUUGGACGCCAUGACUCGGGCCAAAAUCGAACAGGAGCAGAGGGCGAUAGGAGCAGAGGAGGCAUUGAGGAAAACCAGAUGGAAGAAUGCUGUCGCAGCUGAGAGACUUCAGGAAGAGUUUAAAAGGCUCUCAGUAGAAAUGACUUCCAAGUUCGAUGAGAAUGAAAAGAUGGCAGCUAAAGCAGUAGCGGAAUCUGACGAGCUCCGUCAACAGAAAAGAACUCUUGAAGAGAUGCUUCAGAAAGCCAAUGAAGAAGUAAGAUUAGUUACAGAUCAGAAUGCGGUAAAACUGCGAGAUCUUUACGAUCAAAUUGCUUCCAGAGCGAUGCAAAUAGAACAGAUGUCGGCUCAGUUAGAUAGCAAGGCCCAGCAACUUGAGCAUUCACAACAAGAGAACGAACGGAUAAGCAAGGCCUUCUCAAUGGAAAUACAGAAACUCAGCUCUGAAAUAGAAAACCUGAGAACUGAGAACUGUGAGUUGAAAGAACAGUGCGAAGAGAUGGCGAAGGUGAGAGAGGAUACAGAACGAGCCGACAGGGAGAUGCGCAUACAGAGAUGGAAUGCUGAAAGAGAUGACUUGCAGAGAAAAUUUGCUUCAGUGAAGAAGGAUGCUGAAGAAGCGGGGAAGGAACUGAUUUCUAUGAGGUCGCUGAAGGAAGAAAAGGAAAAGGUGCUCGAAAAUCUGGAGUCAGAAGUUCAAAGUCUCCUGGCUCAGCAAAAUGAUCUGAAGCAGAACUUGUUGAAGGAAGAAGUGGAGAAAGAGAAUUUGAGAAAGCAAAUCCACAAAUUACAGAGUGAGUUGAGGAGCAGAGAAGAGAAGAAUACUAUAACCGAGCGAAAAUUGAUGAACAACUGCAACCAAAAGCAAUCAAAUUCAUCCCAUUGCUAUCAAAAUGCUGUUGCUACUUUGAAGGGGAAAGUGGGUCUAUUAAAGGAACAGAUUGGACUAAACAGCAGCGCUGAAGCUUCAGCCUCGUCAUCGGGAAAUGAAGAUGGCCUCAAAGACAUCAUUAAAGAACUAGAGAGGAGCAUGGCACAUCUCAGAUUGUGUAACUUUUCAGCCGAUAAAUCUAAAAAGGGGGUCAAAAGUGCUGCCAGCGGAGAUAGUGAAGCAUCCCUCAAAAGGCAAGAAGAAGCCUGCUCAGAAAAAGGAAGCCAACAAUCCACUUCAAACACGAACGACAACUGCAACAUUAACGAGCUGCUGGCUGCGCUGAAAGUGUUCAAAGAAAGGAACAAACUCAUGGAGAAAGAGCUGAAAGACAUGGAAGAGAGAUACUCGGAGAUUAGUCUCAGAUUUGCCGAGGUAGAAGGUGAGAGGCAACAGCUUGUGAUGACCGUGCGGAAUCUCAAGAAUAGCAUGAAAAGCUGAGGAAAAGCACAAGGAAGCAUUUUGAUUACCCAUGUGCCAGAAUGAAGCAUGUGAAGACAGAUCGAUUUCCAACGGAAAGGAAGCUGUCUGACAGUGAGCAUAUUUUGAAAAUGUGGUAUAAAAGCCAUUUCUUGUAUACCAAAAUGAUAUUCUUUGGAAUGGAAAAAUUAAUAAUUAUUCGUUCUUCUUC